UGUUUAACCCGGAGGAUCUAGAGUGAAUUUCAGUUGCAAUGUCCCAGGCAGUGAAGACGGAAGCGCCCAAGGAACCAAAUGGUUCGGCUGCCAAAGCCAAUGGCACCGCUGUCAAUGGCAAGCUGGAAGCCCUGAAGAGACCCCGACAUGUUUCUGGUGGUGUGGAGGAAAUCAUCGAUCCCUUUUGCAAUCCGGAGAAACCGCAACGCAUAUCCUUCCAUGACGUCACAUCCGCUGCCUUCCUCAUCCGCGGUGGCGUGGAACGCACUCCCUGUCCGAAAUCCACAUCAUCGGACCUAUAUGGCAUGGAGUUGUAUCUGAAAAAGGAUUUUCUGCAAUAUACAGGCAGCUUCAAGGAGCGUGGCGCACGCUACGCCUUGCUAUCAUUAACCGAGGAGCAGAAGCGAACCGGAGUGAUCAGUGCCUCCUUGGGUAAUCACGCCCAGGCCUUGUGCUAUCAUGGCUGGAAGCUGAAUAUACCAGUGACCGUGGUGAUGCCCAAGGCGGCGCCCAUCAUGAAGAUCCAGAAGUGCCGGAACUAUAAGGCACGCGUCAUCGUCGACGGAAAUGACAUGGGCGAGGCCAAGUCGCUGGCCAUGCGAAUGUCCCGCGAGGAGGGACUCCUGUACGUGAAUGGCUACGAUCAUCCGCACAUUAUGGCCGGCCAGGGAACUAUUGGCUUGGAGAUACUCGAGCAGGUGCCGGAACCGGAUGCAGUGGUGGUGCCAGUGGGCGGCGGUGGACUGAUUGCCGGUAUUGCCACAGCUGUGAAGGCUUUGUCCCCCAAAACCAAGAUUAUUGGUGUGGAGUCAGAGAAGUGCGCCAGUUUCACCCGGGCCAUGGAAAAUGAUGGACCCAUCCACACGCCCAUCAAGAACACAUUGGCUGAUGGCUUGGCCGUUCCCAAAGUUGGCUAUAAUGCCUAUGCCACCGCAAUGCCGCUAAUUGAUCGCAUGGUGGUGGUCAAGGAGGAGUGGAUCGCAGUGGCAAUCCUCAGAUUGGUGGAGGAGGAAAAGUGCGUCGUCGAGGGAGCGGGUGGUGCGGGUCUGGCGGCCAUUCUGGCCGGACACCUGGAUGAGCUCAAGGGAAAGAAAGUUGUGGUGCUUCUGUGUGGAGGAAACAUAGACACCACCGUUUUUGGUCGUUGUUUGGAGCGAGGUUUGGCCGCCGUGGGUCGCCUGGUCAAGUUCAAUGUGGAGGUUAGCGAUCGUCCUGGCGGAAUCAACGAUCUGUGCGCCCUGCUGGUCCGAGUGGGCGUGUCCAUCAAGGACAUCAUGCACGAGCGAGCCUGGCUAAGGGAUGUCUACACCGUGGAAGUGAAGGUCGUGUGCGAAACCGUGGACUGGACCCACAGUCUGGAGCUGAAGAACGAGCUGAAGAAGUUCUACUCGAAAGUUCAGUUCUCCGAUGUUCCGCUGGCCCUGACAAAUGAUACCGAUUCGUAGGAUACUCUUCUGUAUA